UACGCACACGAUCUGCAACGACGGUGGAGCAUACCUUGCGUGGUCAAUGGGGGAGGCUUUGCCUGCGCUUGUUUUGCUUUCUGUGUAGCAGACAUGUCGAUAUGAAAGAGCCGGACUUGGAAAAUCAGCAGAAGAUGAAUUGUGUGAUCCCCGCCGUGCGAUUGGUCGGCGUCAUCUUCCCGGCAUCCUCCGGCGUUGCGAGCUUCGGCGCUUACUGGCAUCGAGUUGUCCCGCCAUCGCCGACAACGUUGAGCACGAGGGGGUCGUCGCGCUCCCAAGCACCUUGACCACAACCAUCACCAUUCCGAUACCAUGUCUUUCCUCCGAGCGUUCGUGACUGCAGGACCAUCCAUGCGGGUGGUCGCGACUCGCCUUGCCCCGUCCCGUACAUCCGCCGUGCUCACCUACCGAUUACUCUCUACCUCCUCUCGUCGCUGUGCUGUCGACCCAUCCACGCAACAAACAGGGCCGAAAGACUAUAUCACAGAGUCCGUUGCCCCACGCUCGCUCGGGACGGAGGCCUCCAUGUACACUGCCGCCGACGAGAUCGACAAGCACUAUGACCCCUACAAGGAUGGCCCCGGGGCGGUAGAAAAGGCCGUUCAUCUUUUCUUUCUCACAGAGAUUCUGCGAGGAAUGUGGAUUGUCCUCGAGCAGUUCUUCAGGCCACCAUACACGAUCAUGUAUCCCUUCGAGAAGGGACCCCUCUCCCCCCGUUUCCGCGGUGAGCAUGCUCUGCGAAGAUACCCGUCCGGCGAAGAGCGCUGUAUCGCCUGCAAGCUCUGCGAGGCCAUCUGCCCUGCUCAAGCUAUAACUAUCGAGAGCGAAGCCCGAGCAGACGGCUCGCGGCGGACCACGAGAUAUGAUAUCGACAUGACCAAGUGUAUCUAUUGCGGAUUCUGUCAGGAGGCCUGCCCUGUGGACGCUAUUGUGGAGACACAAAAUCAGGAGUUCUCGACGGAAACACGCGAAGAAUUGUUGUACAACAAGGAGAAGCUGCUUUCGAACGGAGACAGGGCCGAAGCCGAGAUUGCAGCGAACCUGCACGCGGACCAUGUCUAUCGGUAGGACGUGGGAGGCGUGGAGCGAGUAAGCGCGAGAAGCAUGGGCGCGGUCCGCCACAAAGGAGGUCUCGAAGACUCGUUGGGGUCCUCUGUACAUAUUCUGUCGCGGGAUGGCUGCGUAUCAUCUUUCUGUUGCCCUGAAAUAGCUGCCCCAUUGUGACUAGUUGGGAACCGCCGGCAUCGAGGAAGGUGUGUGUGAAUUGAACUCUGUUUGUUAUGUAGGGCGGUGUCAAGGGAGGCGCUGAUUAUUGUCCAUGAAUUGAUAUUGGUGCUGUGCGGACUUCG